UUUUGUUUUUUUUUUACAAAAUAGUCAUGAUGUAAGUUAAAGCUGCAAGAAGCAACGAUCGGGCCCUGGCACCACUGUGAGCGGCAGGGAUACAGGAAUGCUGCCUCACAUGUGACACUGGAUAGCAGCAUAGUGAAGAGGUCAUGGAGAUAAGGACAGGAUCAUCUGGAGGAUGGAUGCAAAAAGGACGAACCGGUAGUGGGUGUGUCCUGUAGUGGCUGCUGUCACAUAAACAGGGAAAAAAGAACCACUUUCAACCACAUCUUAUGACUCACAGGAGUGCUGUCAACUCACUUAGGACUCAGGUCUGAAGAAAGCCUGACAUAACUCCUGGGGAAGAGGAUUCUUCAGUCUACUGCCUAUUCCAGAACAACAUGGCACCGACUAAACUGGGAGCCUGGAGUCCUUUAACAGAGGCAGCUGUGGGGUUUGCACUGGGAGCAGUGGGAGGUUCCAUACUAGGAGCCACAGAGGAUCCAGUGGACAAGAUCCUGUCAGUGAUGACUUCUGCAGGCCCACUGAAACCAGUGAUGGAGGAAGUCAGGACAGUGGGUGCCCUCGGGCUGGGGACCCUUCUUGGAGCCACAGCUUUGACCACUGUGAUGACCUCAGUCGUAGCUGGUGUGAUUUUGGCAGCAGUGGUAGCUUCAGUAUUUGUGGCCAUGAGAAGCUGCGGUGCCUCCCACACAGACUCUGCUGGUAUGUGGGCAUCAGCAGCACUUGCUGGGGCCUUUGGGACCACUCUCAGUGGAGCCACGCUUGGGAUUACUAUUGAAUGGAUUGUGAGGGCCUAUGGCAUGGUGGGCCUCCUGUGGGUGCUGAGCAUAUUCACCAUGCUCAAACCGCCCCUGCACUUUGUAUUUAAAUUCCUCUGGAAGCAGGGAGAGGCCUGUUGCACUCUGGGAUCUACCGUCUGGGACAGGGACAGGAAACAGAUGGAGGUUACAGAGUUGCAGCACAGGCAGAGAGCAGCUAGGCAGAUAGAGCAGACGAUACUGACGCUGGAGAAGGGAGGCAGCACCGGUGGGAUGGAGAAUAAGACAACAUGGGCCAAUGAGCGAAGGCAGAGAGAGGAGAUAGAAAGGAGAAAGAUAGAGAGUGAAGAGGCAGAGAUGGAGCAAAGAACAAUCCAAGACUGGAUCACCACGGUGGUGAUCAAAUACGUGGACUUCUUGGCUUUCUCUGGGAUUCCAAUGACAGUGGUUGCCAUAGUAACAUCAGGGUUGGGGGUGUUUGGUUACGGAGGCCACCAAUCUGUGUUUAUAGUGCUUCUGGCUUUGGUUGUAGUCAUAGCCUAUUUGCUUAUGAAAUCUUCUGACUUUAAGUUCUGGAUGUUGAUAGGUUGCAUGGCAAUGCUUGCUACAUUUGUCAUUGCCUUACUCACCCUACAUGCCGGGCAGGUGGUUGUAACAGCUGCCAUGAAGAUGCAAGCAGCAGGACAGAGUCAGUCCACAGAAAACAUCAGUGCUCGUAUGAACUACCAAUCCUCUCUGGAAGCUUUGAACGCAGCUGUCUUUGUGGCAAAAUUAUUUGAGCUGGGUUUAGGGGCUACAGUGGGGGGUCCGCUGGUGAGGCGAGCAGCUGGAGAGGUGAAAGUUAUAGCAGGGGCGGCUUCAGUUGCGGGGGGUUUACUUGUUGGGUUGGAGGUUUUAGGCCCGGUUCUGGGAGAAGGGGGGAAAGCUGGGGCAAUGCUGGGGGUGGUGGGGGCAGCGGGGGUGUCUGUGGGUGCAGCUGCAGCCUUGGCUGGAAGGUGGUCCUCAUGGCUAGGAACUUUAGGAACAAUAGCAGGGUUGGUCAUAGGAGCAUUAGGGGUAGGAAAAUGGCAUAUUGUUAACAUUGGAUUGCAGCUGCCUGUUGCCUAUAUCUUCUCUAUGACCAAUCCCUUUUAACACAACAACCAUAAGCCGACUGUCAAACAUGUUGUCAAAGCACUAGGAGUUACCAGUGUGUCAUUUGCACUAGUUACCUGUUUUGAGUUAAUUGAAAGGAUAAGUGUAGUUAUAUUCCAUAUUUUUCCCUACAAUUAACAAAUCCCAUGUGUAGAGCCAAACCAACAGUGAAGGUAUUGUAAUAACAAGUAUAAUAUAUUCUUCCUCUAUGCCAAAUGAUGACUAUGAAAAAUGCAUCAGUGAGUUACAUUGGGUAUGUUUACAUGCACACUAAUAGUGCCCUAUCAGCCUUACUAAGAAUAACUAAUGGCCCCCUUCUAGCUGCUAACUCAGGUAAUUGCUCCAUCUUCUUGCUCCUAGAUCUAAUUGUAGCCUUUCACAGUGUGGGUUACUCUACUAUCAUUCACAGAGUUAAGGAAUAUGUGGGCAUCUCUGAUCCUGCUUUAAACUGGUUCCCUUCAUAUUUAUCCAAAAGAUCAUUCUUUGUCUAUGUCAGCAACUCAUUUUCUUCCUUGGCCCACAUCACUUGACCAGCAUUAUUUCUCCUUAUCUUGGCCCACUGGCCCCCUUUGUUAACCCACAUGUUAAAAAUUAUAUUUGUUAUACUUGAUUCAGAAUUGAAGUUUGACAAACAAAUCAACCAAGUAGUAAAAUUAAGUUUCAUGCCGCUGCACAUCAUCUCCAAACUCAGAUCAAUUCUCUGUACUUCUUACCUAGAGAAAGUCAUUCACGCCUUCAUAUCUUCCUCUGCUUUGAUUACUGCAACUCAUUAUAUACCUGGGAAUAAUUCUGGACAAUAAACUCAAUUUCGAUCAGCACACCAGAGACAUACAAAAAAAGGAGCCAACAAAGACUGUCAGCUAUCCGAAAACUCAAAGGACUCUAUGUCGCCCCCCAUCUACUGCUACUUCUGUACCAAAGCAUCAUUCAUUGUUUCCUCACCAUGCUUUCUGUCACCAAUCGGGCCAAACUGACACACAUCACACACACCGCUUCCAAAAUCAUUGGUCUUCCCACACCCAACCUCACAGAGUUAAAUAACAGGUCCAUUACACGCUUUGCAAAAUCAAUAGAAUGGAACACCACACAUCCACUCAACCAAUACCUCAUCCCAUUACCCUCAGGACGCAGGUACCGAACACUUAAACUCAGGAAAGCUUGACUCUGGAAGAGCCUGAUCCCAGCAGCCAUAGCUGCGCUGAACAAGAGAUCCCAUUGACUCAAAGUGACCACCUCUGUGAAUGAAUGUGAUGUUUGUGAUGUCUGUGAUAUGUCUGUACCUGUGAUAUUUGUGAUCGAUCUCUGUAAAUGUACAGUUAGUCUAAAGUAAGUCUAAGUCUAGUCUAAGUCUAUAUGUUGGCAUUACUCAGUCUUCUUUCUCCUGUCUUCAGAAAGUCCAAAAUGCAGUCCUGAGAUCCAGGACUAAGUAUUACAGGUACAAGACUUUCUUUGUCACUGCCCCCAAAGUCUGGAAUUCUCCUCCUCCCACCAUCUGAUUCUCCCCCACCACUGAGAUUUUCAAGAGUCAGUAUAAAACACACUUGUACUCACUACCCGUUAAUUGUGCAUAAUGUGAUUGUCAUUAUUGCUGUUACUGUCACAGUGUGGUGACAGUAUAAAAACAUCACUGAUGCAGUUUUUUGCUAUUGGUGCAAUAAUCCUGGUAAUGACAUGUUAUCAUUGUUGUUAUUAUUAUUUUGUUACUAUUAUCACUCAGAUUCUUUUGUUUCUCCUUCAGUUGUACACUUUUCUCUGUGUGUGCUAUAAGAGCACUUUGGGUCAACUCUGUGUUUAAAGUGUUACAUAACUAAAGUUGAUUUGACUUGACUAUUAUUGUGAAUAUAUCAAUUUUCUGAAUUUGAUGCAAGUGGCAUGAACAGCAUAUUCUGUUUAGAUAUUCCAAAUUAGGCCAUUAUUUUCAAAUUUAGAUUUUUUCUUAGAAAGUGGAGUAUGGAAAUAUUUUAAUAGAUUUUAAUAGCAUUAUUUAGUCAUGUACUGUAUACAGCACAUGCCUGUGGGACUGUCCAGUCAAGCAUUGCAUCACUUUGAGGGCAGAAAGUGCAUCCUCAUCCUCAGCAGUUACAUCCUCAAGCUCUUGCAGGAAAUCUGGAACAUCUUUUAGGAGCUCCUAGAUUUUGCACAUUUCAAGAAGGUGGUUGAAGAAUUGAAAGAUGGAAGGUGUGUUUGCUCAAUCCAACAAGUCCUGCAGCGGAAACUUUGAAAAAGUCAUAUUAUGAUGCAAAGAAGCAAAAUGACAAGCAGCUCUAACUGUUCCACUUUUCUGUUUUAAGAAGUGAUACAUCAACAACAUGUUAAAAAAACAAUUAAUCUGAGUAUGCAGGGUGAUAUACAGGAGUUUUAUUGGAAUAUUCUUUUUUUUUUUUUAUCAGCUACGUAAACACCUUAGUAGGAAUAUUACCUUUUUCAGAAUAUGGGCAAAAAAUAGAAUAUUUUGUGUGUAAAAAUGUAGUCACUGUUGCACUGGGUGACAUGUUCCGUCAUUACCAUGAACACACACACACACACACACACACACACACACACUGUAUUUCAUACACUAUGAUGACUUAAUCCCAUAUACACCAUGCUUUUGCAAAGUAGAGCACAUCAUGUGGAUUCAUCCAAAAACAUGUGGAUUCAUCCAAAAAAUAAGCCUUUUUUUUUUUAAAGAUGAAACUUUUAUUUUAUUUUAUUUAUUUACAUCUUCACUAGGAACCAGUGGGCUUGGGGCUGAAUGCCACAGAGAGAGUAGGGAUGUCAUAAAGUAUUGAGACAUGCACAAACACAUUGAAGGUUUUGUUUUUUUCAUAAGAUUUUUAACCAUAAGAAAAAAAAAAAAGAGUAACAUUCUGACUGGUCCUUUAAAACUAAACUCCACCCACUUUU